AUGGGGAAGUUCGCGUUCGCAACGAUAAUCUACAGUUUCAUUGUGCUGACGCUGGGCGCCUUGGUGCUCUACAGUACUUUGCUUUGGCGCGAGUUCCUCUCGCAUGGUUCAGAGGCAGUGGUGAAUGUGAAUCGUCCACCACGGCCUGUGUUCUCCUGGCCUCAUCCCGAGCGGAAAGCGAUUCAUCCAGUUCAGGAUAGAUUACAGGUUUAUCGGCAGCAGCUGAUAGUGCAGCUGCGACGAGUUCAGCUCGAUAAGAGAGCCGAAAAUGAAGCGACCAAGGGGAACAUAUACCAGAUCCCUCGAAGGUUGAAUCGCCGACGGCCGAAGUUUCUUCCCGGACCCAAAGGGAUAUGCGAAAUGUCGGAAGUUGAGCUUUUCCGGAGAGGGGACGAACCGUUCCGGUCCCAAGGAUCAGACCUCUACUUCCCUCAAGGCAGCCUGACGUCAUAUAACUCGUGCGCAAUCGUCAGCAGUGCGGGCUCGAUGUUGAAAUCGAGACUCGGAUCAGAAAUCGAUUCGCACGAUGCGGUUCUGCGCUUCAACAAUGCUCCGGCCGGCGGUGUAUACGCGCAAGACGUGGGAUCGAAGACGACUCAUCGCAUAUUGAACUCACAAGUUGUCUCGAAGCCCGAAUUCGAUUUUUUCGAAUCCCCACUGUAUAGGAACCUGACGCUUCUCGUGUGGGACGCCAGCAAAUAUCGGCAGGACUUGAGAGAAUGGGUCGAGAAGCCUGAGCAUGACCUUUUCACGUCUUAUUUCUUCCGACGGCAAAUCAUUCCGGAGGAGAAUUUCCUCAUCAUAAAUCCCCGUUCUCUGUGGGAACUGUGGGAUUUUCUUGAUAUAAACUCGAACCUCCCUGUGAUCAAGAACCCGCCUUCGAGCGGACUCAUCGGCUUGGCAUUCAUGCUGCGCCAGUGUAAUUACGUGGAUUUCUACGAAUACAUUCCAUCAAUGCGUCUCACACGGCGGUGCCACUUCUAUUCCGAACACGAAGACAUGGGUUGCACCAUGGGUGUUUGGCAUCCUCUAGCUGCAGAGAAAUUACUCGUGCUGAACAUGACGACAAGUUCCAACGAGGACAUAUUCUCGAUCGGCAAAGUUUCUUUCAGCAGAAAAGAAUCAUGUUCAUGAUUUCUCGAUUCGAGGAAUCGAAGAUUUCUUGUAAAUGCGUAAAAUGUCUUCUUGCCAAUCCGAUGCCGAAUUCCGCG